AUGGCAACCCCCGCCACUCGCCAGGCCGUCAAGGUCGACUGGGCCACUCUCGGCCAGAAGCUCAAGCCGGACACCCUCGCCGCCGUAAACGCUUUCCGCAGAAGGCACAUCGAACUCACAAAGACCGUCGCCGAUCUCAAGGACCACGCUACCGUCAUCGACUUCAACCACUACCGCUCGGUGCUGAAGAACUCGAAGGUGGUCGACGACGCUGAAAGGGCUUUCACUAGCUUCAAACCGGCGACUUACGACCUCAGGGAGCAGAUUCGUGCGCUCGACGCCCAGCAGCAGAAGGCGGUCGCGGCAGCGCAAAAGACGCAGCAAAAAGUGAAAGGCGAGGUAGACGAGCUCAAGGUUCUGUUGACCAACAUCGAGACGGCCCGCCCCGUCGACCAGCUCACCGUCGACGACGUCGCAAAGGCUUACCCGGAACUCGACAAGACCGUCGAGAAGAUGGUCAAGCGUGGUCAGUGGAAGGUGCCUGGUUACUACGAGAGGUAUGUAUUCUAG